CUCGUCCACCCUCACACUGACUGCGGGAAGUCACGGGGCCUGACCAGGAAACACUUCAGUGAUUUUUGGUUUUACACUUUGGUUAGAAGAUAUAGCAUGUGGUUUAGAGGUGCUGACCAGAACUGUGUUGGCUGUUUCACAGGUUAACCCUCUCCGGGCACAGCAUUAUGCCUGCUGUGUGAGCGUAGGUAUGAGGCUGGUGCUGCUCUUACCAUAAGACUUUUGGUAAUAAAGCAAGUAAGACUAUUUUCCAAAAUGUCAAACCACAGUAAAUACAGGAAGAAGUGUGUAGUGUUGGAGCUUCGUUCCAGCUGUGUGCUUAGAAAAGGUUCAUACAGUUAAAAUCCGUGUUCUUGGUGAUGUGGAUUGAUGUCUUAAUCCAACCGCUAAUCGAUUGGCUCCCUCGGCCACACGCAGCAGGAGGAGUCAAACAGCUGGACAGUCGCCCAUCAGCUCCUCGCUCACUCCGGCUGACUGCAGCCGAGUUCGUUUCCAGCUGCGCUUCACGGAGGUACGUCAUCAUUUUCUCUUCUCACACUCAUGUUUUCAGGAGGUGCAAUAAAAUCAAAGAUCGGUGGAAAAACAUGGUUAUUAGACUUUUUGUAAAUGUAUAAUUGCUAAUAAUGAAAAUUUUAUAUCAUCAAGGUAACACUUUUCAUGUGCAACAGUUUGAGCUGUGACGUGUGGAUCAGGAAUGUAAACUGAUCUCAUCACAUUUUCAUCUUGUUUGUGAAACAACUUGUUUUAACGUUGCUUUAACUGUCAUUACUGGCAUCUCGGUGUGUAAUUUACAAAUAGUUUUAAGCUUUGAAGUCAAGGAUAAUUUUCAUUAGAUUAAUCUGCAGAUGGUUUUCUAAUUCUGAAAUCAGUGAUCCAUUUUCUAUCAGUUUAACAACUUACAGUUCUUACUCUAACUUAUUAAAUUUGCUGCACCUGCUGUAACCCAGAGAGUGUUGCAAUACUAUCAUAAUUCGUUACACAGUUCUUGCCAUGUCAAAGUUAUACUGUUAUUGCUCCAGUAGGUUUAAUUGUUUAUCGCAGCAUAAUUCAUGUCACUGUAGAUGUUUGCCCUUCGCACUUCAAGGUGAGGAGUGUAACAGGGCAGCCUUGUGUGAAGCCUGACAGAGUGAGGCUGAGCCUGUAGAAAGAUGCUGGUGUUGUGGGUGAGUCUUCAGCUGCUCUCACCCCUCCCAAUAAUGAAGAUGCUUUUAGCUCUUAGCUGCCUGUCCAGAGGUUCGAUUCUCUCACAGAGCUGAUCGGUUCUCCUGGACGACCUCGUGUGUGUGUUGAGUGCUGUGAUACAGUAAGCGGAGCAUCUGGACAAUGCUUUGCCUAAGCCUUUUGGCAAAUACAGUCAGUAAUCUUUUCAAAUCCAUCGUGUUCUUUGGCGUUUCUCCGAUUUAUUUUGAGGAUUAGUGAUAAUCUCUACAUGUGUAAUAAGUUGUAGCAGUGACUGAGGCGCUGAUCGGCCCGUUUCAAACUGAUGAAACGUCAUGUUAUGCUGGGAAGGAAGUAAAGCAGCAUUUCCUUUUGGCACGUCAUCAUACAUCAUCACAGCUCAGGCUGAUCUAUAGAGCUGUCUUUAUGAAUCUUGAGGAUUUUUUUUUCUUGGCAGGCCAGCAGAAUAUAAAUAAGAGAAAAUGAAUAAUUUAAAAUACUCUAAAUGUUGCAUUGUGUGAAACUCUCAAAACAUCUCUAGUGCCAUCACUGCUGUCUAAAAUGUCUGUAAUGUCUGCCUCUGCUCUUGAAAACUGACAUGUUUGGCUUAAUUGAACAGGCAGCAGCCAACCUUAAAGAGCGAUCAACAUCUCGCAGACCUCAGCAAUGAUCUCCACUGUGAUGUGUAGGAGAGAAACGCUGCAAAACGCUCAGAGCAACAGUCACAUCAGGAGCCCCGUCAGGCUCGAGCCUCGCAGGAACUCCAUUCCCCCAACGCAGACUCUCACUGCCAAACAUCUGCCGGCACACCUGCCCAGACCACAGUCAGAAUCCAUCCCUUACGCUCCUUACACCUUCAAGGUCGCAGCUAAAUCCACUCUCGCUUCCAUGAUGACCACCGAAACAGCUUCUCUCAUUCACAACUUGAACAGUGCUAACUGCUCAUCACUCCCACCAUCUCAGGAGGCCUCUCGCUGCCACACCCAGGGCCCCUGCAGUCAGUCCUCGCAUGCUCUGGCUUUGGCUAAGCAAGAGCCUCCCCAACAGCACAGCAUCCAAGCAGCACCUCUAGAACCAGUAGAGGACAUCCCAAAGCCUCAGCGUUUGCAUCGCAGCAGACACCUCAAGCGUUUCAGCUCCAGGUGGCAAUCGAGAGGCUCCACCAGCAGCAACCACAUUCCCGUCUCUGCUAUAGAGAAGAUGCAUGUUGCAAAAAGUCACAAGAAGCGCUGCAAACUGCUGGGCGAUGAGAACUUACUGCAUGUCACUGCUAGUAAUCAGCGCCAGCGUUACGUCACCAAGGAUGGCAAGUGCAGGGUCAACCUAGGACCUAUCGCAGACAAGAGUCGCUUUAUCUCAGAUAUUUUCACCACGUUGGUGGACCUCAAGUAUCGCUGGUUCCUUCUCGUCUUUACUUUGUGCUACAUUCUCACGUGGGUGGCAUUUGGUGGAAUCUACUUCUUUGGUGCCUGGUUGCGUGACGACAUUGCACAUGUUCAUGACCCACUAUGGAAGGCAUGCUUUGAAAAUGUAGACAGUUUCCUUUCAGCCCUGCUGCUGUCAUUAGAGAGCCAGAGGACUAUUGGCUAUGGCUCCAGGAUGGUGACCGCAAACUGCCCCGAGGGUACGAUGCUCCUGAUGGUCCAGUCCAUCCUUGGCUCCAUUAUUGAUGCUCUGAUGGUUGGCUGCAUGUUUGUUAAAAUCUCCCGGCCACAGCAAAGAGCCCAGACGCUGAUCUUCAGCAAGCACUGCGUCAUCUGUGAGCGUGACGAGAAGCUGUGCAUGCUCUUCCGCAUUGGUGAUCUGAGAGAGAGCCACAUGGUGGAUGCCAAGAUCCGGGCCAAGCUGAUCAAGUCCAGGCAGACCAAGGAGGGCGAGUUCAUCCCACUGGAGCAGUCAGAAAUCAACCUGGGCUAUGACACCGGGGGAGACAGGUUGCUCCUGGUGGAACCCCAGACCAUUACCCACAUCAUCAGUGAAAGCAGCCCCUUCUGGGAGGUGGGGUCUGAGCGCUUGAAGAGGGAGAGCUUUGAGAUCAUUGUCAUUCUAGAGGGCAUCGUGGAAGCAUCAGGUAUGACAUGCCAGGCAAGGACAUCUUACACUGAGGAUGAGGUCCUCUGGGGCCACCGAUUUGAGUCGUGCAUUUCGUUGGAGAAAGGGGCGUUUCGUGUGGACUACAGUGCAUUUGACAAAACCUUUGAAGUCCAAAUGUCCUCAUUCAGCGCAAAAGACAGGAGCACAGCAAAGGAACAAGAAGAUGUGUUUUAGAAAAUGCUGGCUGAACAAAUGGUUCUUGAUUUUGUACAUUGGCAUCACAUACGUAUAAUGAGUGACUUAAAGUGAUGUGAUAGUCCCUGAUAAAGUAUAACAAUCAUGUCUCAUGAAUUUUAACCUCAGGGCGGCAAUAAUUUCUGUUAUUCUGCUGUCUGUAAUAAGGGUUCCUCUGUUUUCUUGUAAUAUGGCUUUUAACCGAUGUUAUCUUUUCUGUUGUAUUUACCC